AUGCCUGACGAUAAAAAAAGCAAACCAAUCCUUUUGCCCCCAAAGCAUGAAUUUACCAGGUUGAUCAUUCGCGAAGCUCACGAGUUAGUACAUCACGACAGAAUUAGAGAAACUUUAAAUUGCGUUCGAAGAAAAUAUUGUGUUCUACGUGGUCGAGAGAGUGUUACAAGAAUGGUAAGAAUGGCAAUGGCGUGUAAUUCAAUGACGACGGCCAAUACAACAUUUAAUUCCUCUGGAGCUGAAAUUGAGUCCAGAUACAGAGAACGACGUGCCUGCCGCCAGCUAUUGAAAGUGCACCAAAAGAAGAAGAAUCGACCAGACAGCCACCGAGACGAACUGCAGCGGUACUUGGUGAACUUUUACGAAAGGAGAUGA